AUGACGACCGUCGAGAAUGUGCCGGAUGAGUACCCAGAAGAAAUUACAGGCUAUGCAGAGCCGUGGAUCGCAGAGCCUGGCGAUACCGUUGCGAUCAAGGUGUCUUGCACAGAGCCAGAAUACUCACAUCGGACUGUACGAGUAAUCCAAGGCGUCGAUCUGCCCCAUUCUCCUAAGAAGGUACUCGAGGAGAUCACAUCCAUUCCGACAGGGCAUGUCAAGGGAAGGUUUCAGCUUGCUCGAUGCGGUUCCUUCGCCCAAGUGCAGCACUGGUGUAGAUAUUCUGUCAAGAGCGACCUCGAUAUCUCUCUUUACUUCCAGCCGCACUUGAUUCAGGCUGACCACCCACAAUCAAUCAUCUCUACUCUCGAUGUGCCCAGCAAGCGUGGCUUUGCCAUAGUCAUCAAUUCGCAAGGUAAAGUUGAGCUCUGGAUCGGAACGGGUAACGGGAUUCAAGUGAUUCCGACCAAGUUCACCCCGACGUAUAAACGCUGGAUUGCCUUGCGCCUCCUCCUCAAGGGAAGUGUCGUAUCUUUGACCUUGGAACCAGUGCCACGAGUAACAGAGAAAACAUCACAACCCGUCUCAGUGGAAGAGACUAUGACCAACGACUUUUGUGUGAACCCCGAUGCCACUUUGUUGAUUGCUGCCAGCUUUGCCGAAUCACCAGUAAACGCAUCCUCACGAGCCACAAAUUUCUUCAAUGGACGAAUCGACAGUCCACGAAUCAGAUCGCUCAAGGAUGGAGUUUUAGUCCACUACGAUUUUGCACGAAAUAUUUCCGAAGACACAAUAUUAGACAUCUCUGGCGGCGGACACCAUGGAGUUCUGGUCAAUGCUCCAACCCGUGCUGUACGUGGCCAUGACUGGGACGGCACUCAAGUCGACUGGACUAAAGCUAAGUAUGGUUAUGGUGCUAUUCACUUCCAUGAAGAUGAUCUCGAUGAUGCCUCUUGGGAAACCGACUUCACUAUUACCGUCCCUCUCGAUGCCCGAUCUGGUAUAUACGCCGUCGAAGUCCAGAGCACUCAAGGACGCCCGACGAGUGACAUGAUUAGCUUUAUUGUCCGUAAUACUCCCACGACGGCCUCUCAAACUACACCGAAAGUCGCCCUUGUCCUUCCUACGUUCACAUAUCUCGCGUAUGCGAACGAUAAACUUGGCGACCCUAACCGUUCAUCUUCCGGUGGUACGGGCGCAGCACUUACAGAUAUCCAGCCGACUCCCACAGUUGACUCGGAUCGGAAUUACCGACGCUUAGACCUCGGACUCUCGACCUACGAUGUACAUAAUGACCAGUCUGGCAACGUAUAUUCCUCUUCGAGACGGCCAAUUAUGAAUCUUAAACCUGGCUUUAUCUCCUUCGGUCUGGGGCGCCCGCGCCACCUUAGCGGCGAGACGAUAAUGAUCGGGUAUCUAGAACAAAAAGGUUAUGCCUACGAUAUCUUAACUGAUCAUGAUUUACAUCUCGAAGGCUGCUCCGCGCUUAUGUCAUAUAGUGCUGUUAUUACUGGCGGCCAUCCCGAAUAUCCAACUACCGAAGUCUACGACGCAUAUGAGAAUUACGCUCGGCGCGGGGGGAAUUUAAUGUACUUAGGCGGUAACGGGUUCUACUGGGUCACGGCCUGGGAUCCCGCGCGGCCAUGGCGCAUUGAGGUGCGACGCGGCGAGUCCGGCGUACGCUCAUAUACAGGAGACGCCGGAGAGUGGACGCUCAGUCUAAAUGGGCAACUAGGCGCCUUGUGGAGGUCGCAGGGUCGUUCGUCGCACGCUUUGUUUGGCGUAGCCUUUUGUAGUCAGGGUCGGCCUCCUGGUGUACCUUACGAACGGACUGAGGUCGGGAGAAGUGAUCAGUAUCAGUGGAUUUUUGCGGGAAUCCCCGACGACGAGCUCAUCGGCGAGUAUGGGCUCGGGGGCGGAGCAAGCGGGGAUGAGAUGGAUAGCUUUGACCUUGCUCAGGGUAGUCCCCUCAACGGGGUUGUUGUGGCCACUACUAUGGGCCAUCCUGAUGGCUUCGGCAUCGCCAGCGAGUGUGCUUCUUACCCGAUAAUCGCCACGAGAGGCACAGAGACAAGGGAAAUCCGCUCGGACAUUGUCUACUAUGAGACAAAUGGAGGUGGUGCGGUAUUCUCGGUGGGGAGUAUCAACUGGUAUCCCUCGUUGGCGUGGGACGAGUAUGAGAAUACCGUGGCCAAAAUGACGGGGAACGUAAUAAAUGAGUUUUUGAAGCGAGGAAUAGGAAGGCUUGAACAGCAUGCAACGAGCAGACACUCGCUGGACUUUUACAACAAUGUGGCCGUGAGUGCAUUCUAUUCCCAGUCCAGGGAGGUGUCGCUUGACGAUCUCCGUGGCCUCGUGUAUCACGCCUUGAGCGAGGUCAUCGAAGAUCAUGCAGCUCUCGCAGCCUCUGUGGUAGAUGAGGGCGCUGCCUCGCCUUAUUUUGUGCGGUUGCCACAAAUCGACCUCGAAAAGUCAGUCCGCUUCAUUACUUCACGGUCAAUACAAAAUGGGUCCUCGUCCAUCGCCAUCAAAGAGCUUGAUCAGCUACUUGAGGAGGAGCACAACCGAAAUUUCAAACCCUUAGAUGGUGUGCUUCCAAUGUGGAGAGUACUCAUUGUUCAUGAGCCGGAGCCUUGUUCUCGAUUCAUUCUCACUUUCGUCUAUCACCACGCGAUAUGUGAUGGCACCUCAGGCUUGGUGUUCCACCGAUCUUUUCUCUCAAAAUUCCAGAAAGCGGCCAGAGCACCGGGUUUGGAUAGGUCAACAGUUAAUCUGAUCGUGAGACCCUCCAACAAACUGUUGAUUCCGUGCCUGGAAGAUCUUCAUCCGCUACCAAUUUCACUACGCUACAUGUUUAAGUCGGUUUAUUCCGAAUUUGUGGCCCGCAAUCCAACCGGUCUAUGGACGUCUAUUCCUAUUACCGUCGACCAAUCGAAGCGCAGGUCGCGCUACCAAUCACUUUACUUCUCUGAAGACACUACGUCCCGCCUCGUAGUGAUUUGUCGAUCCCAUCGCACUAGCGUCACUGCAGCCAUCCAGGCUAUGCUGGCCGCUGCGGUCCUGGCCGAGCUUCCAGCAGACAAGUAUUCCAUCCUCCGUGUUGACGGUGCCGUGUCGCUAAGACAGUGGCUGCCGCACGACGUUGUCGAUAAAGACUCUAUUGGCAACUGGGUGUCUCGCUACCUGGAGGAACAUCGCCGCCCCAACAGCUCGACAACCGACGCCGCAGCUCUCUUCUCUUGGGAUGAGGCUCGACGAAUCAAAGCCACCAUUGAAGGCGAGGUAAGAAAAGAAGGCAAAGACAGUCAUGUUGCGCUGCUACGCUUUGCAGGCAAUCUUCACAACUUUUUCCGAUCGAAGAUCGGCAAGCCUAGAGACGAGAGCUUUGAGUUCUCCAACAUUGGGGUUUUCAAAAGUGCGCCUGACCAAGGUGACGGUCUUGGCCCCAGUUGGGCGAUCGGAAAAGUCGUCUUCAGCCAGAGCGCAGAUGUGGCGGGAGCCCCACUUGAAGCUUCAUUGGUUACGGGUGCUGACGGACGCCUCAAUAUCGGCUUCUCCUGGCUGGAAGGUGUCGUUGAUGGUAGCUGGGUGGAGCGAGUGAUGGACUCAUUAGGCAGGUUGAUUCAGGAGUCCGCGAGUAAGGCUUGA